CGAAUGCUUCACUUCAACAGCAGGGGUUCGUUUCAGCAAAACAAACAGCGCCGUGAAGUGUCUUCCAAAAUUUAUUCUACUUUUCUUCUUCUGUAUUUCCUACCCUGGGACGGCUACAGGCCGAGACGGCACGGAAAAAAACGACAAAACAACGAGCAGGAAACGAGUUUGGUAACAUCGCCCAAGCUCCAACCCAGCGAGCGAUCGCCGGUCAAGGUGAGUUGGCUGACGGCAUUCUUCAGGGUCAGCGCCUUCUGCGCGAUCGUAUUAUAGCUGCAGCACGCAGGCAGAAGAACAUCGAUUGCAGCAAUAUCUACCGCUGCUACUGCUGCUGCUGCUGCUGCUCUUCCUCCUUCGGGAAGAGAUCGAACACGGGCCAAUUAGCACGGCCAAAUACGGAAGGCGCAAGCGAGGAGGUGCCAAAUGGCGUUUGCGCGAGUCGGGUGCAAGCGGGCAGAGUUAAUUAUUAUUCCGCACAAUUUGUCCAUCCGGGUCCGGCGCUGUUGUUUGUUUGCCAGGGUUGCUUCGAUUGGAUGAUUUUGGCACGUCACCCACCACCUCGAGGUGAAUGCUGGAGUUGGGAGUUGGGAGUUGCGGCUGCGAAAUGGUCAAGAUUAUUAAAAAAAGGCAAAACUGAAUCAUUUUACAGGGGGUUUUGUUGCUGUUUGUUUUGCACACAGGGAGGAUUUUCCAGGUAUUUAUAACGAUCUUCGACGCAGCAAACAAACUAUCCUCACAAACAUGUUUCAAGGUUUUUUUUGUGGCUGUGCCUUGAACGAGCUGUUUGUUAAAAGCCUAGGAAAGUCCACCAAAGUUCGCCAUUUUCGGGCAAAAUAGGUAAAAAGCUGGAGGGUAUUUUUGUUGUUUCUACCGGAACCACAAAAAAAAAACAUCAUCGAUUUCCCCCCUCCCAAAGAUUGUGAAAGUUGCCAACAAUUUCGAAUCUGGGUUAGGUUCGGCCGGAGCCUGACGGAUCAUGAGGUUAUCGGGCGCUCUAUCGGGGGUUUGGUUGUUUUGGUUGUCUUGGAUGCUGCAAAGCCUUGGCAAGAUUCAGCCGAGGGACGCAGCAUUAGAAUAAAGAUUUCAUGCUCUCCUCCCCCAUCCCCCAUCCCCCUCCACACUGGAAUGGAAACCGGUCGGCAGUUGCACCGGUGUCCCAAGCAAAAGGGCAGGGUAGGGGGAGGAGUGUGAUCGUUUCGGAACCUACAGGGAGCUGCGGGGAUUCACCCGCGGACGAUCGCAAGAGGGGGAGAGGCGGCGGCACGUGUGUUAUCGCAAUCCGGUUCUCUGGAGCUCCCUUCUAGCCAACACACACAGAAUCCGAUCGGAUCGGAUCGGAUCGUACGCACACCACCGCAGCCCAGCCGCGGCUAAGGCGGUGUCGGUGCCUUAAAGCCAUACGAUCGCGCGUCCGCGUAGCUCAAUCCACUACUGACCGCGGACGGUGUCGCACGCGGUUUGUUGUGCAGCCUCACUCACAUCGAAUCUGCCGGUCCAUAGGCCCAUCCUCAAAACACAUCCCAACGACACAAUGCUAUCGCGAACGGUCGCGGUGCUUGCCGCGGUAGCGCUAAUGGCGGGCCUGGUCGCCUCCCAGGAUACGCUCGACGACCUCUACCUCUCGCUGUACAAUCUGACCGAGAACAAAAACACUGUCACGGAACCGCCAGCACCACCGCCGGCGCCGGCAGCAGCAGCAGCUCCGGCGGCGGCCCCCGCCCCCGCUCCGGCCCCUGCCCAGCCGCGCUACACCUGCACCGGCGAGUGUGUACAGUACUAUCUGUGCAGCGACAACAAGAUCAUCACCGACGGCGCCGGCAUCAUCGACAUCCGUGUCGGCGAAGAUCCGGCCGAGGAGUACGAGUGUCCCCACUUCCUGAACACGUGCUGUGAGAAGGACUCCGUGCUGGAUGAGCCGCCACCAAGCGCUACCAAGGCACCGCCGACCAGCGUGCCGGAUGCGCGCCGUCCGACCUGCGGUAUGCGCAACGAGAACGGCAUCGGCUUCCGCAUCGAGGGCCAGAAGGAUGGCGAGUCCGAGUACGGCGAGUUCCCGUGGAUGUUGGCCGUGCUGCGGGAGGAGCGUGUCGCCGACAGCAACCUGAACGUGUACGAGUGCGGUGCGUCGCUGAUCGCGCCGAACGUGGUACUGACCGCGGCCCACUGCGUGUUCAACAAGCAGAAGGAGCAGCUGCUGAUACGGGCCGGCGAAUGGGACACGCAGACGCGCAACGAGCUGUACCAGCAUCAGGAUCGCCGGGUCGCUGAGGUCAUCACGCACGAAGCGUUCAACAAGGCGUCGCUGGCGAACGAUGUGGCACUGCUGAUACUCACCGAGCCGUUCCAGCUGGCCGAGAACGUGCAGCCGAUCUGUCUGCCGCCGAAGGGGACGUCGUUCGAUCGCACCAAGUGUUUCGCCUCCGGCUGGGGCAAGAACGUGUUUGGCAAGGAGGGCAAGUACCAGGUGAUACUGAAGAAGGUCGAGCUGCCGGUGGUGCCGCACACCGAGUGCCAACAGUCACUGCGCAGCACGCGGCUGGGCAAGCGGUUCGCGCUGCACCAGAGCUUCCUGUGCGCUGGCGGUGUGGCUGGAAAGGACACGUGCCGUGGUGAUGGAGGCUCUCCGCUGGUGUGUCCGGUUCCGGGAUCGCCCACCCACUACUAUCAGGCGGGUAUCGUGGCGUGGGGCAUUGGCUGCGGCGAGAACGGCAUCCCCGGUGUGUACGGCAAUGUGGCGUUCUUCCGCGACUGGAUCGAUCAGCAGCUGGUGCAGCGUAGCAUUCUAGCACGGGACUAUGUCUACACGCCGUAAGCUCCACUCUUGGACUCAACUCUUUCGACAAAAAAUGGAGACAAUCGUUUAGUAACGUGCAGCAUAUACUUGUAUUAAGGUUGACGUAAUAAUAAAAACCUAAAAAAAAACAUAAAUAUGCAGAAUUUCUUAGUAUUAAAUUGAAGCGCGCUUGGAGAUUCAAAAGGAAGAUUCCUUCAAAACGCCAUCAGAUUCAUUGGGAGUAUUCAUUGCUGCCUUCGACAAAUAAUUGACAAUGAAGAAAUUAAAACUGAAGGAUUGGAUAUGAUAUAUUCCAAGGUCUAUACAUUAUUAUAGGUUAGUCUGUCCGUGUGUACUUUGACAACUCUCCUCUUGACAGUCGGCGAGAACAAGGAUUCGUAAAAAAUCCUCAGCAACCAUAGCUGCCCUGCUGGCAAUCUCUGUAUAAAUACUCAACUAUCACGGCGACCCAAAAUCAGAGCUUUGUCCAGCUUCUACGCCAUGAUAUAAAACCAGCACCAUCGCAAACUGUCACAUUCAUAGUUAAUACUUAGAGGCAAAUGAAGCCAGUUGGCUCAAAGUCUCUAUAAAACUAGUAACAAAAAAAAAACUUCAUUAAUUCUCUCAGUAAACGAAAGCAUUUUCACGAAUUAAGCAUAUGCUAUAGCAGUAUAGCAGUAUAGAAAGUAUAGCUAGACCAAUGUUUAUUUGACUGUCGGAGGAGAACGACUCUUCAUACAAAUCUAGCCCAGCCAUGGGUGUGAUCAGCUCAUGAAGGGUUUGAAGGAUGACUGUCCCAAUAACCAAUCAUUUAACAUCGACAUCCUCGCAUAAAUCCGAUGUUCAUUCGACAGAUGUUCAGUUUUGCUAAGCGACUGAGUUGCUACUAUCUAGCAGAAGGUUAGAAGAAGGAGUAACUUCUAGAGUAUAUCAAUUAUAGUUGCAUUCUCCAGUUCAAGGAAAAUUCAUUGAUCAACACAAAACAAAGCCCAGUUCUUGAGAAUUGUUGAUAAGAUUAAAUGGCUUGGGUGAUCAUUGCUUACACCAAAACAAUCGUCUCUUGUACGAUCGUGACUUACUCUCAUAUUUUAUAACCGCACAAUCGUACAAUCAUUUGUUGUGUCAAUAACGGCAAGGGCUCGCCAAUCAAAGGGCCUGCUGAGGGAUUAUCUCAGACAAAAUGGUAUAAAAGAACUUGAGAGUGAUCUUGCUUGGGAAGAUCUCGUCUGGAACUCUCCCAGCAAAGACGCUAUCAGUGCAUUUCAGUGCAGAUUGCAGACCGGACAAAUUACUACGAACGAUCGUGUGUGCUGCAGUUAUCGCUUGAAGAUGCGGUGGCAGGUUGGUGCUUUCUUCAUUCUGCUAGUUACCUUCGGAGAUCCUGCGAAGGGCCAUGCUAUUAAAGGAAUAGAGUCCGACGAGAGUUGGGAUAUACCCAACUCAAACGCAAACACAUCUCCAAACGCUGUAAGUAUGCAGUGGAAGGCAUCAGUGAAAGUGUGUUGCAAACUUGUCCUAUCCUGUAACCUGACCCUGUUUACAGAGCUGUACCGGCGAGUGCGUGCCGUACUAUCUUUGCAAAGACAACAAGAUCAUCAAGAACGGUGGAGGUGUGAUAGAUGUUAGAGUUAAUGCUGAACCUGAAUGCCCUCACUAUUUGGAAACAUGCUGUAAUGCACGCUCCGUACUAGAUAGUCCUCCACCGGGCGUAAUCAAACCAUCGGGACGCACCGAGCAGGUCCGUCCGACCUGUGGUGUGCGCAAUAAAAAUGGGCUCGGUUUUAGCGUGACCGGUGUCAAGGACGGUGAAUCACAUUAUGGUGAGUUCCCUUGGAUGGUGGCCGUAAUGCUAUCAAGUCCAAUGGACAAUAGCGAGAGUAUCUUGAAUGUAUACCAGUGCGGUGGUUCAGUGAUCGCUCCGAACGUUGUCCUGACGGCGGCACACUGUGUGUUUAACAAGCCGACAAAGCAGCUGCUGCUUCGGGCCGGCGAAUGGGACACACAAACAGAACAUGAGCUAUACAUGCACCAGAACCGUCGAGUGGCUGAGGUCAUCUUACAUGAGGCGUUUGACAACGAAUCAUUGGCGAACGAUGUGGCACUGCUAACCCUCGCCGAGCCGUUCCAGCUGGGAGAAAACGUGCAGCCGAUCUGUCUGCCGCCGAGUGGAACAUCGUUCGACUAUCAGCACUGUUUCGCUUCCGGCUGGGGUAAGGAUCAGUUUGGCAAGGAGGGCAAGUACCAGGUGAUACUGAAGAAGGUCGAGCUGCCGGUCGUACCGCACGCUAAAUGUCAAGAGACAAUGCGAUCUCAACGGGUUGGCAAUUGGUUUGUGCUGGACCAGAGCUUCCUGUGUGCCGGUGGCGUGGCCGGGCAGGAUAUGUGCCGUGGUGAUGGAGGCUCUCCGCUGGUGUGCCCGAUUCCGGGAUCGCCCACCCACUACUAUCAGGCGGGCAUCGUGGCGUGGGGACUCGGGUGCGGCGAGGAUGGGAUCCCCGGCGUGUACGGUAAUGUGGCGUUCCUCCGCGAUUGGAUCGAUCAGCAGUUGGUUGAGAAUAGUAUUCUAGCACGGGAUUACUACACAUUCCAAGCUCAAUAAAAAUUUAAGCCUCUUGAACCAGAAGAAGCCAUCCGACAUAUUUGUUUUCUUGUUUAAUCGAAAUGGUUGUAUAUGUUUCACUCCUGGUCCUUUCAACGAACAACAAAAGAAUAUACUCAUCAAUGUCUGAAGAUAUUAAGCCUACGCUUGCUAAAAGGAUAAUUAAUAAAUCCUCAAAGUCAGCUGAUAGUGUAGUACAUGCAGCUUUCCAGAA